UGGAUAGGUAGGGGGCCCAGUUUAGUUUAGUGAAGUGCAGUGCGUAUGUUUUUGUGUGAAAGCGCACACAUACUCUCUGCUGCUGCCGCAACACCAACACCAUAAACUACAUUCCUGCCUCCUUUCUCUCUCUUUCUCAAUCAACUUCAAUUAUUCACUCUCCUUCACUCCAGAUUUGGGCAAGUUUGAGGGUGAUUAGGAAAUCAUGACCUCUGCUAAUGACAUCACUGAUAAUGAAGCUGAUGGGAAGCAACAGUCUGAAUCAGAGAUGCAGUCUUCCUCUGCAAAUGGAACUUCUGAUCCAGACACGGGUUCCCAGAAUGUUCAGUUUGAAAAACCUGCACAGCUUGGAGAUGUUCUGGCUAUGGCACCACCUGGUUACCCAUAUCCAGAUCCUUACUAUAGAAGCAUCUUUACUCCCUAUGAUACACAAGCUUAUGCCCCACUGCCUUAUGGUGGACAACCGAUGGUCCAUUUUCAGUUAAUGGGAAUUCAGCAAGCUGGUGUUCCUCUGCCAAGUGAUGCUUUUGAGGAGCCUGUGUUUGUAAAUGCGAAACAAUAUCAUGGUAUAUUAAGACGAAGGCAAUCCCGUGCCAAAGCUGAAUCAGAGCGUAAAGCUAUUAGGAAUAGGAAGCCAUACUUGCAUGAAUCUCGGCAUUUGCAUGCGCUGAAAAGAGCAAGAGGAUGUGGAGGCCGAUUUCUAAAUGCAAAGGAAAAUGAGAACGGACAUAAUGAUGCGGCAUCAACUGACAAAUCACAGUGCAAUAUCAACCCCAAUUCUGAUAAAAGUGAUAUCACUUCAUCAGAUAGGACAGUCUAAAACCGUGAAACUGACGUUACCUUAAGACAGUUGGGGACCUGUUGUAUAUCGCAAUAUCAAAAUAACACCAGCGCGGAUAUCUCUGUGUUGCUUCAUUCUGGCUCUAUAGGUACGUUACCUUAGACAGUUGGGGACCUGUUGUAUAUCGCAAUAUCAAAAUAACACCAGCGCGGAUAUCUCUGUGUUGCUUCAUUCUGGCUCUAUAGGUAUAUCUUUUGUGUAGUAGUACCUUAGGAUUUCACAUUCAUCCUGGUAAAAUGUAAAUUUAAGUGAUUUUAUCAGAUAUUAUUGGCCUUUUAAGCCGUUGGUAGGGGAUAUUUUUAUGGUGAUGAGUAUUUCUUUGUAUCUGGUAUUUUGGAGAGGUUAGAGAUUAUCCUAAGCCAUGAUGAAAGUUUGGUUGAAUCAUGUUUAUUUAGCCAGACUAUUGUUGUACUUGUAUGUCCUUUGAUCCAUUCUUGUCAGAGCGGAGGACAAGUUAAAAGGAAUUUUAAGGUGGAACCUAAACUGAUUUGCUAAAAUGUUGUCGACAACUGCAGAAUGGUACUUCAAUCUUGCAAUUAUUG